UUCUCUUCCUUUUUAUAGCCAAAGCCACCCUGUUCUCGCUCGCACCCAUCCAAUCCUCAUUCCUUCUCCCUUUCUCUUUCUCUCUCCUCUUCUCCCAUCAUUCUCUCCCUCUCCUCCUCCUCCCUCCUUCAUUUCCUCUCCCUCUCUUGGGUGGCCUCCAAAGGCUUGGGAGGCGAAGGAAAAGGGAGAGUUCAACCAAAAUGGGGCCAACGCUAUCAUGUCCUGGUGGCAGCUUUGACUCCUUAGAUGAGGGCCUUGAUGCUCUCCUCAAAUCUCUUAGCAUAGGCAACGACUACGUAAAAUCCUCCCUUAGAUCAGUCAGUUUCAACGGCAGGGAUUCUAGCAAGCUCAUCAUCACGGGAUCUCUGAGCUUCGACAAGAGAGACAAGCAACCCUUCAACGUCGAGAACCAGAAGAGCUCAACUUCUCAGAAGGGGAACCGAAAGGUUACGAGGUUUGCUCCUUCGCCUGCAAAGAUUAUUGAAGCUGGCAGUGAAGAUGAAGCUGCCCUCAAGUUGCAGAAGGUUUACAGGAGCUUUCGGACGAGGAGACAGCUUGCUGAUUGUGCUGUUCUUGUUGAGCAAAGAUGGUGGAAGUUGCUAGAUUUUGCUAUGCUAAAGAGGGACUCGGUGUCCUUUUUCGAUAUUAAGAAGACUGAGUCUGCUCUAUCGAGAUGGUCCAGGGCGAAAUCUCGUGCAGCCAAGGUAGGAAAAGGUCUAUCAAAGGAUGAAAAGGCUCGGAAACUAGCAUUGCAGCAUUGGCUCGAGGCAAUUGACCCUCGCCAUCGCUAUGGUCACAAUCUCCAUUUCUACUAUGACUGUUGGCUGCGCUGCAAGAGCAAGCAGCCCUUUUUCUACUGGCUAGAUGUUGGCGAAGGAAAAGAGGUCAACAUUGAUGAAAUGUGCCCUCGAUCAAAGCUUCAACAGCAGUGUAUCAAGUAUCUAGGACCCAAAGAAAGAGAGGUCUAUGAAGUCAUAAUCGAAAAUGGAAAAUUAAUCUACAAGAAGAGCGGGGAAAUCCUUGACACUACUGAAAAUUCUUCAGAUGCAAAAUGGAUCUUUGUUCUCAGCACAUCGAAGAACUUAUAUGUUGGUCAGAAGAAGAAAGGCAUAUUUCAGCACUCCAGUUUUCUUGCUGGAGGAGCUACAUCAGCUGCUGGAAGAUUAGAAGUACAAAAUGGAAUCCUUAAGGCUAUAUGGCCUCACAGUGGACAUUACCGUCCAACUGAAGAGAAUUUCCAAGAAUUCAUCGCCUAUCUGGAAUCAAAAAAUGUGGAUCUCGCUGAUGUUAAGAAAGCACCGCUAGAAGGGGAAGAAGAAACCUAUACGUCACUUAGACCGAGCCGCUCUGAAUUCGACUUGAGAAGAAAAGCUAAGGAAACCCAAGAACAUGCAUCUAAUACUACUAGCAACCUGAAAAUUAAAAAUCUAAAACGGUCAAAAUCAUUUGAUACAUCGACAGAUUCUGCAAGAGCCAAAGAAGAAAGGGAGAGGAACAACAGACUUAUGAAUGAAGAAGAUUCAGAGGAGAGCGAAGAAGAGGAGGAAGAAGUUAAUACAAAAUCAAAGAACAGUCAUUCUGAUGAGACAAUGAAGAUCUCGAGGUUCAGGAAACAAAAUCUUUUCAUCGAGGAGAACGAGGGAGAGGACUCGACUAUGCCAAGUGAACUCAUUCUUCGAAGAAUGAACUUUAGGACUGGAACACUGUCUCUUCAGUUAGGAAAGCAACUUCCUUGUAAAUGGACUACUGGAGUGGGGCCUAGGAUUCGAUGUAUAAGAGAUUUCCCUUCAGAGCUUCGGUUUCGAGCUUUAGAGCAAGUGAAUUUGUCUCCUAACAGUUAUGGAGCUAAUUGUAGAGGUUGGCAUUGUCCUUGUGAUUUGCCUAGUCCAAUUCCAAGGGCAAGUGCAUUUAGUAGUUCACUUAAACAGGCACAGAAGAGUUAAUGUUUUACAUAGAUCCCUCAGAAAAUAGAUGAGAGGAUGUGAUUCUAUUCAUUUUGUAGAUGUUUUAGACAAACACACACACACACACGGAGAGAAAGAGAGAGAGAGAGAGAGAGAGAGAGAGAGAGAGAGACCUGAUGCAAAUUGUAACAGAUUUUCGCUGGGUCAAUAGAAAUCAAUA